AUGGAAGAUAACCCUGAAGUUGAUAAUGUUCCAGAUCCCGAAACUCAAUUGUCUGUAGCUUUGGAAUUGAGCGGCGGAAACUCUAAGGAACUUGAAAAUCUCGACGAUGUAGUGGAUAGACUCAUUCCAAAUAAUGAAGAAACUGAAAAACCAGCUUCUGAGGUUGACCAAACAACUGCGAUCAUCGUGGAAAGUGAGUCUGGGGCUGAGAGUGAAUCUCAAUUUAACAAUAUUUCACAAAUUGAAGCAGCACCGUUAGUAGCUAGUUCAAGUGUGAAUGGCCUUGCGGGUGACUCAAUUCAACCUUCUUUUGGCAGCCCGGAGCACACUGAAGUUGAUGCUGAGGAACCUAUAGAAUCUAAAACGGAAAUAAGAGAUGAACCUAAUUACAGCACAGAGUCUAGAGAAGGAGAUGUUGAGAAACGGAAGGAAAAUUCAGCAGAGGAAUCAAAAGAUGAAUCCAAAGACGAAUCCAAGGAAGAAUCAAAGGAAGAAGGAAAAGAAAGUAUUAGUGAAGGGGUAGCGGAGCAUGCCACUACUUCAAAGCCGAAACGAUUGACUUUGCAAGAGAGAUUGAAACUUGCCGCUCAAACUAAAGCCAAAAAGAAAAGGGAACAGAAAGAGACGCUAGGUUCUGCUUUGGGUGCUUCUUUUCACGGAGCGGAGUCUCCAUCUUCAGAUCUAACUGAUUCUGAAGCUUUGAAAAUUAAUGCACCAGUUCCUAGUCGUACUCCAAUCUCAACACCAGUUACGGGAGCAACUCCAUCAUCGACACCCUUAUCUUUUGUCAACAAUAGGGAUUCGGUUAUCAACAAUUUGCAGAAGAAACUUGAAGCAAAAGAACUACAAGUCAAAGAGCUACUGGAGGAAGGAAUGAAGCUAUCCUCGAACGAAGUAUCACUUUUACAAACAGUCAAAAGGCUUAAGCAGGAAAAUAAUUCUCUUGCGAAUGAACUGAAUAAUGCUUCAGAAAUUAAUAGAAAGCUGGAGUCGAGAUCUCAGAAAUUGGACGCUCUUGAGAAAGAAUUCAUAAAAGAGGAGGACCUUGCUUCAAAGUACGAUCAACUGAAGAAUGAAUUUCAACAAAAAGAAAAAGAGCUAAAAAAAGUGCAGGUGAGGGAAACGAACCUUGACAAUAAGUUACACAAUGCGAAUCAAGAGAUAAGGGAGUUAAGUGAAAAGAACAUACAUUUGCAAUCCAGUAGAGAUCAAGCGUUGUCUGAACUUCGAGAAUGUGAACUUUUGCUUAGCACGUCCAAAGCAGAGGCUGGAGUGGCUAUCAAGAAAUUGAAAGAAGAAAUUCUAUCUCUUGAAGAGCGUAUAGAGGUAUUGAGGGUUGCCAAUGAAAACUCCAAACAGUUUGAGAAAUCCGAUAACUUGGAAAAUUAUGAGCAACUACAACAGGAGUUUUCUCAUUCCCAAGAGAACUGGAAACUUAUUGAAGAUGGCUAUAUACGCAAAAUUUCAUCAUUGGAAAGCGAUAUCUCAUCUUCAAAAACCAAGGAGCAACAAUCUGGUAAGCAAGUGAAAGCACUCACCUCAGAAAUCAAGGAAUUAUCAAGGGAUAAUACUAGGCUAAUCAAUGACGUACAGGUUCUUUCGAAAGACAUCAGCGUUUUGAAAAAGGAAUUAAACUUAAAAAAUGCUGAGAUCAAAGCGUUAAACGAAACUCUGGAGAACAAAGUCAACACUUUUGACUUGGAAAAGAAAAGAUUGAUAAGAAAACUAGAAGUAAAAAACUUUCCUUCAUCAGAUCCAGGAAUACCUUCAGAUUCCCUUUCCAGGGAGAGAUCAUUAGGUGAUAUUAGCUCCACCAGCAUUACAUCAAGUCUUAAUCCUACUAACAACAGUAGUCAUAAUUCAUUCCAACUAGGUGAAAGCUCUAGCCGCAGGAUAUCUACCGCAUCCAUACUUGAUAACAGUUUCACAAAUGAUAGCGAUGUGCGCACAAUUGACGACUCAGGUCACCCCACGAAUCAUGCAAUGGACAUGCUAACUUCUCAAUUGAGAUCAUUGGAGUUACAGGUCUCCAAGUUGAAAACUGAAAACAAAUAUCUCGCUGAAGAGAAAAAGGGGCUUACCCAAGAGAUUGUGAAGCUGAUGAAACUAAACGAAAAUUCUAAGGCAUAUCAUCAUGAAAUUGAGACCCUGAACCAGCAGUUACAGGAUUCGAAAACAGAGUACGAAAAUGCUUUGAUUCUUCUUGGAGAAAAGUCAGAACUGGUAGAAGAACUAAGAGCUGAUGUUGAAGAUUUAAAAGAUAUUUGCAAACAGCAAGUGAAGGACAUGGUCAAACUAACGUCAAAAUGA